AUGAUGCUUCUUCAGAGUUGGCCUGACGCCGACUUCUCAGCCUCGUGGCUGUUUCAAGGACGAGGGUCUUUGAUUGGUCUGUCUACAGCUGCCUUGUUAGCGAGGCAGACGGCAACAGCACAAUGGCCACAUCGCAAAAGAGGGAAAAAGCACAUCGGGACUGUCGCGACGGUGUCAAGCGGAUAUCCUCUCCGUUGCGAGGUAAAGCGAAGCGGCGGACUCCGGGCCGGUGAUGCUUUAAUGCAUUUCUUCUCUCUACAAAUUACUGCAAAAGUGGCCGAUUCUGCUGCAUGUCUGAGGACGUGGCGGGGAGGAGGCACUCACUCUGGACUCUACCUCCUCCAGACUCGUCGAGCCGGGCCGAGGGGACAUAAAACUUGUUGCCCACCCUCCGAGGCUCGGCUCCUGUGCCCCCCACGGAUUGGCCAACUUUCUAAGGAUAUGGCACCGCUGGGAGAAAUCUCACGAUUCCCGACUGACCCGGCGAGUGCCAUCUCAGACGGACUGAUCCUCCUCAUUCUUUAA